AUGACUAACACACCAGUAUCGGCAGCAACGACAGAAGUCGAUGUGAAUGUUGAGCCAACUACAGCUAACCACAGUUACCCCUCUACAAACAUUUCAGCUGAAGAGUUUGAAGAAUUUAAGAUCGCUGACGUCAUAAAUCUUUACGUUCCACCUAUACUCAUCGUUGUUGGUAACGUCUUCAACAUCCUGGCAUUUCUUGUCAUGCGCUCGCAUUACUUCCGGUACCUGUCGACGUCAGUCUACAUGAGCGCAUGCGCAGUUAACGACGCCGUCAGUCUAAUAAUAUCCCUGACGCCUCACUGGCUGUACGUCAAUUUUCCCUGGACGAUAAUAAGGACGCCCGAUUCGCAUUACAUGUGUAAGUUCUUUAACUUUUAUGGAUAUUUUAACUGCGACUACACCAUUGUUCUUACCGCUGUUAUGACCGCCGAUAGAGCUUUCGUCAUUAUGUAUCCCAUCAAGGCUUCGACGAAAGACCUGGUGAAAAGAGCGAAGAUAACGAUUGCCGUACUUAUGGUCAUGGUCGUAGCUAAAGAGUUUCACUUUCUGUUCUAUUCCGACAUCGUUCCACCGGAAAGGGCCGACAGGCUUUGUGAUGCCAUCACGAAAGAGCAGGCGUAUAAAUAUUUUUUCAAAAAUAUUUGGCCGUGGAUACACAUCUCGUUUCUCACGUUGUGUUUUCUAGUCAUCUUCGUGAGCAACACAGUCAUCAUCGUCAACGUCAGGAGGUCAGAUAAUAUGGUAAACGCCAACAUUAAGAAGCACAACGCUCACAACAUCAGCAGCAGCGGAAGCAGCUGUAGAAAUAGCAGUUCAAGAAUUUCUGAAAAUCCGAGUGACUGCAACACUGUAUUUGCUGAAUUAACUUCUAUCCAAUCAAUGCCGCAGAUAGAAAAUUCUAUAUUUAGAAAAUCGGAUUCCGACCAAUCAACGUCGACCAAAAAUACAGCGUUCAAAAGAUCUAAUUUUAACCAAUCAACGUCGAACCGGUCCGCAAUUAAAGAAAUAAAUUCCAGUCAAUCAACGUCUCGUAUUAACAAAACUCCGUGUAGGGCAUCGACUUCCAGCCAGUCAUCUUCGCGCUCGAAAUGGCAACAAAUCACCAUCAUGCUAUUGGCUCAGUCAUUCACUCUCAUAGCCCUGACGUACCCAUUUUCAACACACCUAGCAAUAUCGUCACACAUAUCGGAUUUGUACACGGACCCCGAGAAAAAGGCAACCAACCAUUUGACGUUUUCGGUGGUGUUCUACUUUCUGUACUCCAACAAGUGCGUCAACUUCUGUCUCUACUGCAUAACUGGUUCCCGUUUCCGCUGCGCCUUGAGAUACCUGUGUUGCAGCAAACCACCCGAAACCCAAUACACGGUUCACUCCAUGUUGAAACAGACGGCGAUCGCUACCAGCCAGACGACGCUCUCUAGCAUUUCGCUGAAUCAGAACAGAUGA